AUGAAUGAACUUAAGAAGCUGGUUGAAGUGGGUAAAAUAAAAUAUAUUGGUCUAUCGGAGGCCUCUGCCACAACAAUUAGAAGAGCUCAUGCUGUUUAUCCUAUAUCAGCCAUUCAGCUGGAGUUGUCCUUGUGGACAAGAGAUGUGGAGGAAGAAAUAAUUCCUACCUGCAGAGAACUCGGCAUUGGCAUUGUUGUAUACAGUCCUCUAGGACAAGGAUUCUUCUCCUCAGGUCCCAAGGUUGUUGAGAACUUGUCUAAGGAUGAUUUCCGAAAGCUUCUUCCACGGUUCCAACCUGGAAAUCUCGAGCAUAAUGGAAACGUAUUUGAUCGAAUAAACGAAAUGGCAGCAAGAAGGUCAUGCACACCAUCACAGCUAGCUCUGGCAUGGAUCCAUCAUCAAGGCAACGACGUAUGCCCGAUUCCAGGCACGACGAAGAUCGAAAACCUCAUCAAGAACAUUGGAGCUUUAUCAGUAAAGCUAACACCUGAAGAAAUGGCUGAACUUGAAUCCAUUGCUUCAGCGGAUGCCUUUAAGGGUGACAGAUAUGGAGGCAUGUCGGCUACAUGGAAGGAUUCUGAGACUCCACUCUUGUCUUCAUGGACUGCUAAGUAA